AUGGGAGAUAAUCGAAAAAAGAAAAAGUUUUACUUUCGUAAACGUAGAAACAAAUAUUGUUUGGAACCCGGCUUUAGAGGUUUCUUUUGCACAUGCAACUUUAGGGAGAAAGAUUGUGUUAAAGAAAUGUAUAAUUUGCUAAACGAGUACGCAAGCAAGUUGUAUCCAGAUGAAGAUCCUCAGCAGCAGGAAAGACCAGCUUCAGUAGAUUCCGAAGAACGAUCUGAUAGUGAAUCUGAUAAUGAGACUGAUAUUGGAGAUAUGCUCAAACGUGAGGUGGAAAUUAUGAAAAAAGAUUCUCGAAAAUCUCUGAGACAUAAACGAUUCCAAGUUGUAGAGACAGGAGCUUCUAACUGCAUUUUUAUCAAGACUAAUUUACCUUGUCCAGAAGAAUUAACAAAUGCUAUUAUAAAAGACCUCUCGACAACCAAAGUGCAAAAAACGAGACAUGUGUUGCGUUUAUUACCAAUCAUGGCCACUUGCAAAGCAAACUUGCCCGAUAUUAUGGAAUGUGCAGGGAAACUAUUUGAUAAAUAUUUUCUGAAAGAGCCAUCAACAUUUGCUGUUAUUUUUAAUAAAAGAUUCAACAGCAGUGCUUCUCGAGACCUUAUCAUAAAAGAACUUGCCGAUAUGAUUGUUCUUAAGAAUGGUGGAAACAAAGCAGAUUUAAAAAAUCCUGGUUUGUGUAUUAUAGUUGAGAUAAUAAAAGGAAUGUGCUUACUGAGUGUUGUAGACAAUUAUUAUUCUUAUAAGAAGUAUAAUUUACAUGAAAUAUGUAAAGAAGAGACAGUAAAUGAUUCUGAAGAGACACAAGCAAAGAAGUUCAAGGCUGACAUAUCUCAACCAGUGGAACAAAGUAAAGAACAG